GAUCGAUUAACCAAACACCACUAACCAAACACUGCAACCAGUUGUUUUGUUCCUGUCUUCCUGACGCUGAUUAUGUUUGGUGACAGAUCUCCCUGACUGCGCAACCUCGUUUCGUUCCCAUGGCUUCAACCCUUCAGAAACUGCUUCGAAAACCAUUACCACUACCACCCUUCAGAUUCAUCACUGCCCUCAACCCUCCGCAACCCCAAAACCAAAACCCCGUUCUCACUCUCACUCUCAACCCUCCCCAACAAUGUCACCCUCAACCCUUCGAUGAUUCCCCCACCGUGAUCUUUCCCAGUUUCCCCUUUGGGUUCUCCCCAAAACCGGUUUUUGAAAGCGGGUUUCGCGGCGCGGCGGAAGAAGAAGAAGACUCAUCUGGAACCCUUUGGGCCGACAGCGUGAAGAAGAAGCGGAAGAAGAAGAUGAACAAGCACAAGUACCAGAAGCUCAGGAAGCGCAUGAGGAGACAGACGUAGAAGGUCAGGGAACAGAAAAAGCAUUCAACUUUAUCAAUUCACUUUUCUUUUUAGUGAAACUGUAAUGUUGUCGUCUUUGUUUCUAUUAGUUUUUUUUUUUUUUGGUAGUGAAAAGAAGAAUUGAGAGGGAGGGGGGAGACUGUGACAUUUAGUUGGAGGCGAAUUGUUUUGGAUUUCUUUUUUGUUCACUCUUGGUUAAUCUAAAUGUUGUUAUUGCACUUUAAUUUGAUACUUCUUAGUUUAGAAUAAAUAAUACAUGCACUGCAAUCCAAAUCCAACUGCAAA